CCAAUUCUCCAAGCCACUGGACUUUGGCAGCUCGCGCACGGGAGACUGUUUUAACCAGAUUAAACGUGCUGUCGGAUCAGGCGAUGAAGAGUCGAAGGCCACGAGCUGGAACUUGAGAGCUGUGUUGUGCUCGGUAGACAAUUGUCCCUGCGCAUCGCGUCUGCUGAAGGUUUGAGCAGUAUUGGGACUGCUGAUUUCCGAGACCUCGAUCAAGCGAUUAAGCGACACUUUCCAAUUUGAGGUUCCGGUAUGUUGCAUAUCUAAGGUUGUCAAUGCCGAUUUCACUUUCUUUUCAAACGGAAACAUGAAAUCUGAUUGCUGGGGUCGUAAAGAAUGGCUAAGUUGGAGAUUGCCUUGACUUUAGAGCAACAUCAACUCGAUUGGCUCCAAAGCAUGGCGAAGAAGUACAAUUUGCCAACAGCAGACAAAGCUCUCAGAAUUGUCAUAAUGUACCUGAAGCAAAUAAAAGACUCUGCAGAUGCUAAGCUAAAAGAGCUUUCAUCCAACUCACACGUCGAACAAAAUCCAGUCACAGGGAACCAUGCCAUCGAUCAAGUGCAUGACAGUUUUUUGGACGAGGUUAUGAUCACAUACAAUCUAUCAAGCAAAGACAAGGUAGUUCACUUAAUAUUGGAGUAUGCUAUGAGUAAUGCAGAUGAAAGAACACUCUUCGAAGUGAAACGAUGCAGACAUGGGGAGACAUGCAAAAACUGCUGAUCCACAAUAUGCCGCUGAACCAAUUCUGUCUCUGUGCUUCGUUAAUAUCUCAGAAACAAGAAGGUUGUGUAUAGGACAGCAGGGGAGCGAAAGCGGUGAAUCACCAAAUUCAGACGAUUAUGUAAUGGGACCAGUUGUUAGCUGUUGUCAUUGUGGUUUACAUCAUCCGCCGACCAUAUUUUAACUCUCUCUGUUGACGUAGAAACAGAGAAAUAUUGUCUCCCGAAUGUGACAGUUGAUGACAACCGAUCAUCUUUAAUCUCUCUCUGUUCAAGUAGAAACAGAGAAAUAUUGUCAACUGUCACAUCCUCCUGAAUGUGACAGUUGAUGACCACGUAGACUUCUUGCAACUGAAGUGCUUCUCAAUUAUUUGGAAUAUUGUCUCCUGAACGUGACAGUUGAUGACCACGUAGACAUUUUGCAACUGAAAUAAUUCUCAAUUACUUGAAAUUUUGUCUCAUGAAUGUGACAGUUGAUGACCAUGUAGACUUUUUGCAACUGAAAUACUUCUCAAUUACUUGAAAUUUUGUCUCCUGAAUGUGACAGUUGAUGACCAUGUAGACUUUUUGCAACUGAAUUACUUCUCAAUUACUUGAAAUUUUGUCUCCUGAAUGUGACAGUUGAUGACCAUGUAGACUUUUUGCAACUGAAUUACUUCUCAAUUACUUUUACGUUGUUCUUCUCGUAUCAAAGCAGGUCGAAAUAUAGGAUACUUAAAUACCAAGCCUGCUGUGACCACUUUGGAUUAGCAGGUGUCAUCCAGUGCAUUUCUUCGUCGUGCAGUUGCAGGUUGAAGUAGAGGAAAGACAACCAAAGCGUGUGAAUGUCAGCAUUUGAAAGGUCACGAGUAUGGUACCAUCGACAGCAUUGGGUCCUUAUUGUGUGGAAGGCCUUUACUCAAUGUUAAUCUAACACGAUUGCGAGCAGAGUUGCAGGUGUACAUGAGGCUGAAGAGGUCUUUAGUGGUUGAGGGAAGAAAAGUCUGUCCGUAAUUUGCUACUACCUGCCUCUCGAGUGGGAAGUGAUAUAAUAUGACGAGGUUGGAAUAUGAAUUGUCAGGGGUCAACUAGCUCGCCUGGACCACUCUUUCUAAUCCAGUCUCUGUUAACAGGAAACACCAGAAUUGCAACAACCUUCAAUGUUUACUUUUAUGCCAUCAUAUGACUAUUUUUGCUGCUUUGAUACUAGUAGUAUAUGAGUUCCUUUCAGCUCAACAAUU